AUGGCUCCGGCUGGUAAGCUCGACGAAGAAGCGCUUCUUCGAAAGGAUGUUGAAGAGAACUACCGUGUAUCUCCAAGUGACGUAGAAGUGCACAUUGUCGGUGGCCACGAAUGGAGUGAUAGAAAUAGCACGUUGAAUAUCGAUUCAACCGGCAAAAAGUCGCAUCUCAGCGCGAAUGUCAUAGAUGCGGUCAAAACUGCAGGGUUCAAGAACAUCAACCAGACAAUGCUCAACCCGUUUCCAGGCGGCCCACUCGGGCCGUCGCCGAUGUGCGAAUACCGGCUCAUCAAGGAUAACCAGAGAAUUGCAGUGGCAGCGUUGCACAUGGAGACGGGGCGCAUUGUGACGCAUUCUGAUGCCGCAAGUGCAGAAGAGGAAGUUCCACCAGAGUGGUGGGCCGCAAGUGACAGGGCGACUUGGAGCAUCGCAGCGCAUGGACAACCACUGGCGCAUGCCGGCGUCAAAACCCAUGUUCUGUUUGUUUCGUACAUGAUCCUCACAGCCGCAAUCUUGUGGUGGAGCACCUCACUGACUUGGGCAUUAGGAGUGCUGGGUGCUUUGUGGAUCUUGAAGCCAGUUGCAGUCUCACAUCUUUGUUCGUGGGUGAUGGUGGCGACCAUCAUUUACAAAUGCUUGGAGGAGCAGCCCAAGAGGCGCUCGUCGAAGGAGAAGAAACACCGUCGGAGUCGUGCUGGUCGCGGCGAGGACUUUUGCAUCCCAGGCUUCAGUCGAUCCGAGGAGGUAGACCCUCCUUCCGUUGAAGAUUUAGAAGGAGCACUUCCGGUCGAACGCAGAGGAACCGAGCCGAAUAUCAAGGCCCCAGCAGAAGAGGAACUUGAGGUGGACGCACUGGAGGACAUGGACCCGGGUAUGCAGAUCGACGAAUUCUUCAUGUCCUCUGAGCUCUGCCACAAGGACAGUGAGGGAGCUGAAGGAAGCUUUGAGGCUUUCGCUGUGCUCUGCGAAGGGGUGCUGUGUAUUCCCACGAUCACAACUAUGAGUUGUACUGUUAUAGCUGGCAGCUAG